CACCUGCCCUCUCUGUGAGACCAGGCACCCCACCCCCUCAAGCCUCAAGACGUGGGGGAGAAGUGAGGCACAGGAUUGAGGAAAGCUGACCACCCUCUAUUUCCCCAACAGCCCAGUGAAUGGCCCUCUCCUGGGUUCUCAGAGCCAUAUUGAGAGAACUGGAAAAUCCAGUUACCUAGCUUCCCCCUCCUUCUCCCCACAGGCACCUGUGCUAAGGAUUGAGUGGGGAGUAGGAAGGCAGGCCAGGUAAGGAGAGGCCAGCCGGCCUUCAGAUGUCUCGUCUGUCCAUCUGAGAAGCCAGCAACAACAGAGUCCCGAUGGGGCCUGGGCUGCCCCUCCUCCUCCUCCUGACCCUCCUCGCCAGCUCACAGGCAACAGGGCCAGGAAUGACUUUGCAACUGAAGCUGAAGGACUCCUUUCUGGCAAAUUCCUCCUAUGAUUCCAGCUUCCUGGGACUGCUGGAGAAGCUCUGCUUCCUCCUCCAUCUCCCAUCAGGGACCACUGUCACUCUGCAUCAUGCGAGAUCCUUACACCGCAUCACCUGCAAAGUCUGAGAGCAGUUGAAGCUGUGCCCGUCUUGGCUGGGGCAUUCCAUCCCUGGGGUGCAGGUGCAAUGCCUGACCCCGUCUCCCAACAGGCCCUCACACUGCUGAGUGGCAGUAAAUAUGCUGAGUUCAAUGACUUGACUUUGUGGGUUCAUGAACAGAGGGGCCGGCAGGACAAGGGAAUUGGACACUCAAGUCUCUGACUGUCCCUUAUUAAGCAGAGGGUUUCUGGGGUGGACGCUCUCUCCCCUAACACCACUGUCAAAGGCCUAGAAGGAAUCUGGGGAAUUAACUGUUUGGGGACACACACACACGCGCGCGCGCGUGCUACACACACAUAUACAUGCGUGUGAACACAUACUUCAAGUUGAGCUCUUCAGAACACCUGGGAAUAAAG